GCGGCCGGAGAGCCACGCUCCGGCUGCAGGCGCAGCGCGCGGGAGAACAUGUCCGGGGGCAGCAGCUGUAGCCAGACCCCAAGCCGGGCCAUCCCCGCCACUCGCCGGGUGAUCCUCGGCGACGGCGUGCAGCUUCCGCCCGGGGACUACAGCACCACCCCCGGCGGCACGCUCUUCAGCACCACCCCGGGAGGUACCAGGAUCAUCUAUGACCGGAAGUUCUUGAUGGAGUGUCGGAACUCACCUGUGACCAAAACACCUCCGCGGGACCUGCCCACCAUUCCCGGAGUCACCAGCCCCACCAGUGAGGAGCCCCCCACAGAGCCCAGCCAGAACCACCUGCGCAACAGCCCAGAAGAUAAGCCGGCCGGUGGUGAAGAGUCACAGUUUGAAAUGGACAUUUAAAGGACCAGCCAUUGAAUCGAGCAGUGCCUCUGGGCCCCCCUGGCCCUUCUCGGGAGAGAAGUCACACCAGUCAGACCUUUUGGGAGUCCUAAUCCUGGGCAGGCGUUGAGCAUGGGGUUGGCCAUCCUGACCCUCCGCUCCCUCACUCAGGGCACCUUCUCCCCCUUCCUCUUUGUGAACACCAGCGGAUACCUCCAUGUGCCUUCAUUCAUGCAGAAGCUGCCACCCUAACAGGAGUGACUCUCAUGAGCACACCCUGCAACCCAGGGCCAGGAUUGGAUGUGGAGGAGCCCUUCUGAGUGAUUAUCCAGCUCUUCCAGCCCCAUCCUCUGGGGGUGCACCCACCCCUUCCUUAGGUUGGUGUGUGUGGGAAAACUCCCCUCCCCCUCCUUCCCCAAGAGAGGAAAUAAAAGCCACCUUUGCCCUAGGGCCAAGAGUUGGCCCCUGUCUGAGCUCUUUUCAACUCCGUAUGGAUAACUAACACCAACUACUAUUUGUACUUCUAAAUACUUUCCUAUAUGUUAUCUCAUUUGAUUCUCACACUGAACCUAGAAGGUAAGUAGACUGUUAUCCUCAUUGUACAGGUCGGAAGACUGGCUCAGAGAAGUAAAACACAUACCAGUAAAUGACAGAUGGGACUGGC